AUGUGGCGGCCCCUGCUGCUGCUGCUGCUGCUGCUGCCGCCGACGGUGUCGCGCCUAAGCAAGGCGGAUCCUCCCCAGGAGAGGGUCCCGCUCUUCUGGCUCACUCAGCAGGGCUCCUGGGGGUGCGGCUGCAGCAACGCCACAGGCUCGCCCUGCGAGGGGCUCCCCGCCGCGGGGGUCACGACCUUGACCCUCGCGAACCGCAGCCUGGAGCGCCUGCCCAGCUGCCUGCCCGGCGCCCUGCGCAGCCUCGACGCCAGCCACAACUUGCUGCGCGCCCUGAGCGCGUCGGACCUCGGCCACCUGCCGCAGCUGCAGGUGCUGACGCUCCGCCACAACCGCGUCGCCGCGCUGAGCUGGGGCCAGGGCGGACCGGCGGGGCUGCACACGCUGGACCUCAGCUACAACCAGCUGGCCGCCCUGCCGCCGUGCGCCGGGCCCGCGCCGCGCAGCCUCCGCACGCUGGCGCUCUCCGGGAACCCGCUGCAGGCGCUGCCGCCCCGGGCCUUCGCCUGCUUCCCUGCCCUGAGGCUCCUCAACCUGUCCGCCUCCGCGCUGGGCCGCGGCGCCGGGGGCGGCAUCGCCCAGGCGGCGUUCACCGGAGCGGACGGCGCGCCCCUGGACGCGCUCGAGGUCCUGGAUCUCAGCGGCACGUUCCUCGAGCGGGUUGAGCCAGGGUGGAUCAGAGACCUGCCGAAGCUCACGUCCCUCUACCUGAGGAUGAUGCCCAAGCUGAGGACCCUGGAGGGGGACAUUUUCAAGAUGACUCCCAACCUGAAGCAGCUGGAUUGUCAAGACUCCCCAGCACUUACUUCUGUCCACACACACAUCUUUCAAGAUACUCCUCGUCUGCAGGUCCUUCUGUUCCAGAACUGUAACUUGAGUUCCUUCCCUCCUUGGACGCUGGCUUCCUCCCAGAUCCUAUCCAUCAACCUGUUUGGCAACCCCCUCACUUGCAGCUGUGAGUUGUCCUGGCUGCUCAUGGACGCAAACAGAACUAUCCUAAACAGGGCAGCAGACACCGUGUGUGCACCCGCUGCGGGCUCCGGCGGCCCCUUCUCAGCGCCGCUUUCGCUCUCCCGGCUGCCUGGUGUGUGCCAGUCGGACCAAAGCACCACCCUCCUUGCUUCAAACCCACCCUCCUCGGACCACUGGGCCUAUGCACCGACUGCGCGGGGGCCCUCCGCCCCACCGAGCACAGCCCCCUCCACUCGGCCUGCAGGAGGUCAACAGAGUGUCACCGAGGCCCCCUCUCUAGGUGUGGACUCCGUCACACGAGCUGCAUGGCUGCGCAGCGGUGCAGGGGAGGGGACUGCCCCCUCCACUGUCAACUCUACAGCAGGACGCAGCAACUCCAGCGUUCCACCCGGGGCUGCCAGCACAGCCGGGACAGAGCACCGAGGAGAACAUGCUGCCAGGCUUGUCCUGGAGCCUAAUGUCUCAGCUGCCUCCACGCCAUUGGCCAGCAAACGCCCAGGCCCCUUCCCUACCUCGUGGAACGGCUUGAGCACGCCUCAACCCCACCAGAGGACGCAGACCACCCCUCGGGCUUCCCACCCGAGUCCCUCUGGGGGAGGGAUUCCAAUCCUCUUCUUGGACGACUACAGUGAGGAGGAGGAGGGGAUCAAGGAGGAGGUGGCAGCGCCUCUCCCUGAUGUCCCUUGUGAUUACCACCCCUGCAAGCACCUCCAGACCCCGUGCGCGGAGCUGCAGAGGCGCUCGCGGUGCCUGUGCCCCGGCCUCAGCGGGGAGGACACCAUCCCAGACCCUCCCCGGCUGCAGGGGGUGUCGGAGACGACCGACACGUCGGCGCUCGUCCACUGGUGUGCCCCCAACUCGGUGGUGCACGGGUACCAGAUCCGCUACUCGGCAGAGGGCCGGGCGGAGAACCAGUCGGUGGUGGGCAUCUACGCCACCGCCCGGCAGCACACCUUGUACGGGCUGUCGCCGGGCACCACGUACCGCGUGUGCGUGCUGGCGGCCAACAGGGCGGGCCUGAGCCAGCCGCGGGCCUCGGGCUGGAGGAGGGCGUGCGCCGCCUUCACCACCAAGCCCAGCUUCGUGCUGGUCCUCGCGGGGCUGUGCGCCGCCCUUGGCCUGCUGCUGGUCAGCACCCUGGUGCUGUCCGCGUGUCUCUGCAGGCGGGCCGGGGCGCCACACCGGCAGCGCUAUGACACGCACCUGGUGGCCUACAAAAACCCGGCCUUUGACCACCCGCUGGCGACCUAG